AAUUAACAUCAUCAUUUUUUCCCGCUAUAUAAAUACUCAACUCUUUGUAAUUUUAAAUUCAUUUUUUUAAAAAUCUUGGCUUAAAAUUUUUUUUCUCAAUCAUUUUUGUGCUUCUUUUUUUUGAGUUGAUUUCACAAUGGAACAUUAUCAUUAUUCGUCUGGUCUACAAUUUUUAUUGGAUCAAUCACAACAAAUUAAAGAUUGGUCAUCAUAUUUUCGAAUGUUACCCAUUGUUAAUGAUGAAGUUCUUAAACAAACAUGUCGUUCAUCAGGAAUAUCAAUUAUUUCGACAUUGUCAAGAUCAAAAUCUCGUUCUGAUUCGGCUAACCAUAUCAAAGAUUUAAUUUCGACCAUAGAUCGAAUUAAUAAUGAACAAAUAUGGCAAUUAUGGCGUUGGAAACCACCUGUUAAAUCUUCAUUACAAUCACGUGAUGAUUAUUUUCAUAAUCCAGCAUCAAUACCGCAUACAUUUAUGUCUGAAUUUAAAAAACAUUUAUCCGCUUCAAAAGAUUUGAAAUUUCGUACUUCCGAAUUAAGACGUUUGGCUGAAAUUGAAUAUCAACCAUUAAUGACAUUGGUUACACAAGAUGAUUAUGAUGAUCAUACUGAUUCAAUGGUUCGUAGCUAUUUUAUAUUUAAAGAUGGUGUUAUGCCAUUAUGGGAAGAUGAAUAUAAUGUAUUUGGUGGUGGUUGGUCAUUAAAUUGGAGUAAUGAUUUUGUACGUGAAAAAACUAAUGAACAUGAUGAUGAUCAUCAUAAUCAUCAUCAUCACAAUCAUAAUCAUGGUUCGAAAAAGACAUCAAAAUUUAUCUGGAAACAGGUAAUAAAUUUACUUACCGAUCCAUUGAUGGCUAACUAUUUGGAUGAAAUAUGCGGCAUUGGAUUGACAAUUCGUUCAAAUAAAACUUAUAAAAUAACCGUUUGGAAUCGAAAUUCCGAUGAUACAAUUACUAAAAUGAUGAUUGGACAAAAUAUCAAAUCGAUUCUUGGUCAUUCGGGUCCUAUGUUUUAUUAUUCUCAUAAAAGUACAUUAAAAAAUCAAUAUGCAAAAAAGAAACAAAAUAAAUCAAAACGUAGAACGUCAAAAUUAUCAACAGAAAAAAAAUCUGAUCCCAUAGAUGAUGCUCCCAAAUUGAAUCCAAAUCGUUCAUCAGGUUUUUCCACACAUAGAUUUUCAUCUAAUCAAAAUCAAUCAUUACCUAUUGUUGGAUCUAUUCAGAUGAAUUAUCGUCUACAGCCAUCAAGAAGAAAUGCUUGCACGCUAUCAUCGCCUAAUCAUUUUAAUCGUCAAAAUUUUCAUGUUAAUCCAUUGGUUUAUUGAUAUUGUUCAUUCUAUAGAUUUAUUAUGUUGUUGAUUCAAACUUUUUCUCUUUUUUUCAAACCUUGAAUUAUAUUAUGUUAUCAAUAUUGGCAAUGAUCAUCAAUAAUGUUGAUCUUCGAAAAAAAAACAAUUAUGAAAUUUUCUAAAAUAUCAAUUUGAAAAACCGGUCAAAUAAAUAAAAUUUUUGUAUACAAAAUA